UCAUGAAAACAAAACAAAACAACGUGACGGAAUUUGAACUUUGUAAACAAGUGUAACAAAACCUAUAAAAGAAAACUAGACAAUAGAUUAGAAUCAUUCUUGUCAUUUAUCAUUUUUGUAACUGUUCGAAAUGAAUGAGUAUGAAUGUGAAAUUCAAUUUGUUGAUUAGUAUUUUAAGAUUUUAUUUUUUUAAUUGGGCAAUAUUUUUUAUGUAAUAAUUUUAAAUUACAUUAAUAUUAGGGAUUUUGCAAUUAAUUAUAAGAUACUUACUAGUAAGUUGAAGCAAUGAAGGUGCCUAAGAAGGAUGAUACUUUUGAUUUAAUAUCAGAAAAUAGGCGGAGAAAUAAAACUUCACCGUUAUGGUUAUUAGUUAUAGUGGGAUUUGUCUUGUGUUUUCUUGGUUUCGUUACUUGGGUCCAUAGUAAUUAUUCUAUAACUUUCUAUCAUAUUACCGUUAAACGGAGGCCGGAUUGUGCACCUGUAUGUACUGGAAUUCCAGAUUUAGAGAGAUUUGAUUGUCAUCCAGAUCCAAAGGCUACAGAAGAAAGUUGUCGGCAGAGAGGCUGCUGUUACCGAUCAUCACAGACUUCUGCUAAUGGAAGUUCACUCCAUUUAAGUAUCCCUUAUUGUUUUUAUCCUUCAAAUUAUAAUGGAUAUUCCUUAGAUAAUAUAACACAAGAUGGAAGACAUAUAAGAGCCAAUUUAAAAAGAUCUUCAUCAUCUGGCUUUCCAAAUGAUAUUCAGAAUUUACGUCUCGUAAUUUCAUUUAUUGAUGAUUGCACGCUAAGAAUUAAGAUAACUGACGCCAAUGCUGAUCGUUUUGAAGUUCCAAUACCACUCAAUGAUGCAUUAAAAAACUUAGAUAAACCUUGUUAUGAUGUAAAAAUUGAUUCAAAAACAGGGCAUCUUAUUAUUUCUCGAAAAGCAACUGGUACUAUCAUUUUCAAGACAAAUUUGUCACAGCUUGUUUACUCUGAUCAAUUGUUGCAACUAUCUUCAUAUCUACCAAGUAGAUACAUUUAUGGUAUUGGGGAAAGUUAUGGAAGCUUCUUGAGAAAUGUAAAUUGGACAAGAUUUACUCUUUUAAAUUCUGAUCGUGGCCCUUUGCCCAAUUAUCCUCUUUAUGGAAGUCAUCCAUUUUAUUUAUCUUUAGAAGAAGAUGGAAAAGCAAAUGGUGUUUUCUUGUUCAAUAGUAAUGCAAUGGAUAUCAUUUUACAACCUACUCCUGCAAUAACAUUCAGACCCAUUGGUGGAAUUUUGGAUUUUUUUAUUAUGUUGGGACCUUCUCCUGCCAAUGUUGUUCAACAAUACACCAGUAUAGUAGGCCGAACUUUUAUGCCACCAUAUUGGAGCUUAGGAUUCCAACUCUGUCGAUAUGGCUAUGGUUCUCUCAAUACAACAAAACAAACAUUGCAACGUAAUCUUGAUGCUGGUAUUCCUGUAGAUGUUCAAUGGAAUGAUAUUGAUUACAUGGAUAAAUGGAAAGAUUUCACAUAUGAUCAAAAAAACUUUGCUGGAUUACCAGAAUUUGUUGAAGAAUUACAUAGUAAAGGAAUGCAUUAUGUACUCAUGACUGAUCCUGGACUUAGUUGUUCAGAAAAACCAGGUACCUAUCCUCCAUAUGAUGAAGGUCUAAAAGAAGACAUUUUUGUAAAAAAUCCUGAUGGUACUAUGUUUAGAGGGAAGGUUUGGACUAAUGGCGAGACGGUUUAUCCUGAUUUCAGCCAUCCCAAAACUCCUGCUUAUUGGAUGAAACUAUUUUCUGACUUUCACAACAAAAUAGAUUUUGAUGGCAUUUGGAUUGACAUGAAUGAACCAUCAAACUUUUAUGAUGGAGGAAAACAGGGAUGUAUGAAAUCAUCCUUUGAAGAUCCACCUUACCUGCCCAACUGGGAAAAUGGGAACUUGCCAUUACGUAAAAAAACAAUCUGCAUGACAGCAAAGCAUUAUUCGACCAUCCAUUACAAUGAGCACAAUUUAGUAGGAUAUAGAGAGGCUAAUGCAACUAAUCAGGCACUAAAAGCUAUUAGACAAAAACGUCCUUUUAUAAUAUCUAGAGCAUCAUUUGCUGGAUUAGGAAAACAUAGUGGACAUUGGAGUGGGGAUAUAUCAUCUACAUGGGAAGAUUUGCGCUACAGUAUUACAUCACUGCUUAAUUUUAACCUGUAUGGAGUCUCUAUGAUUGGAUCUGAUAUUUGUGGAUUUAAUGGUGACACAACUGUUCCACUUUGUGCAAGAUGGCAGUCUUUAGGUGCAUUUUAUCCAUUUUCAAGGAAUCAUAAUAAUCUUGGGCAGAAAGAACAGGAUCCUGCUUUCUUAGGUCCUAUUGUUACUGAAGCUACUAAAAAUUCACUGGGCACUCGUUACAUUUUGUUGCCAUAUUUAUAUACUUUGUUUGCCCGCAGUCAUAUAUUUGGCGAUACUGUUGUUCGACCCUUAUUUUUUGAAUAUCCUUUAGAUAAGAACACUUAUUCAAUAGGAGAACAAUUCCUUUGGGGCCCAGCCUUUAUGAUAAUUCCUGUUGUUUAUGAGAAUGAUGUAACUGUGACAGCAUAUUUACCCAAAGGUUAUUGGUAUGCUGGUAAUGGACAACUAAUAAACAGCACUGGUCAAAAAGUUUCACUUAACGUUCCUUUAACUAGCAUUGCUUUUGCUAUAAGAGGUGGUUAUAUUAUGCCUGGACAAAUUCCAGAUAAAAAUACAGAGCUUAGCCGAAAAAUGCCUUUUAUGCUUAUUGCUGCUAUAGAUGAAAAUUUACAAGCUCAAGGUGAACUCUACUGGGAUGAUGGAGAUUCUUUAGAUACUUUUGAAAAAGGAAAUUAUACCCUGAUCCGAUUCAAGAUUGAUAAAAAUGUUCUUUCAUCUACUGUGGUCAACAAAGGAUAUGAGGGUCCUAUGGACUUAGGUGCUACUCAAAUAAGUGGCAUUUCUAGAAAUGUUACAGAAGUAUCUAUAAAUGGUGUAAACUGUACACAUCAGAAUUCUGAUGAUAAGAACUUCGGAAUGGAUUUGUUGGCACGCCCCAAAAUAAUUGACAUCAUUACAGAAAUCCAAUCAGAUACCAAUUCUUUUUGUGUUUAUGCUAUUGCUCCUUAUGGUGUAAGUAUUGGAUCUAAAGGUUUUACUUUGCUUUCUCCUCUGACGAUAACAUGGAAAUAAGAUGUUUUAUGCAGAAUACUUCAGAAAGAAGAAAACAAGAUUGUAUAAGAAGUUGAUAUUGUACAGCACUUGUUUUUAAUGUUGACAUAUAAUUGCGCAUGUUUUUAAUAUUGUUAUUAAUCAAGGAAAAUUAUUUUUUUAACAAAAAUUUACUACUAAACUGCCAUAUAAAUACCAAUAUUCUGCCUUGCUAGAAUUAUUAAUAACAUAAUAUUCUAGUAUGUUUCGUAGUUAUUUAAAUAGGAAAUAAUUCUAAUUAUAUUGUUGCUUGUCAUAUAUAUU